UCAGUUCAGUCUUCCACGGGAUUCAGUUAGUUACAGUCGCAAGAAUGUUGACGAAAACAUUUUUCACAAUUGUAUUAAUAAAUACAUAUAUAAUUCUUUCUGAUUCUAUUCAAAUUUCCGAGCUUAAUGAGACUAAAGCGUUUUUGUCGAUUAGUUCUCAGCUAACCGAACUGAGAGAGGAGUUAGAACGUCAAGGAAAGUUGCUCGAAGACUCAAUCAAGGAUACAAAUCUGCAUCAUUUAAAAUCUUACGGCCGUAAUUGUGCUGAAGCAACUGCCAAUUCUAAAUCUAAUGGGAUCUACGAUAUACUCAUUCCCAGCUACAGUAAACACCACUUUAAAGUGUCCUGCGAUUCAACAACUCAGGGAGGAGGUUGGACUGUCAUCUUGAGUCGAAUGGAUGGAAGUGUAGACUUUUAUAGAAACUGGAAUACCAACAAAAAGGGAUUUGGAGAUUUGGAUGGAGAGUUCUUUUUGGGGUUGGAUAAAAUACAUGCCCUGACGUCAGAAUACAGCCAGGAGUUGCUCGUUGUUCUCGAGGAUUUUGAGGGAACUGAAAAGUUUGAGAACUAUGAGAAAUUCGCAAUCGGGGACGAGGAUGAACAAUAUGAGCUACACACUCUUGGAAAAGCCAGUGGAACCGCUGGCGAUUGUCUAAGAUAUCACCAUACCAUGAAAUUUACAACAUUCGAUCGUGAUAAUGAUCUUGAUAGCGUCAACGACGCCGUAAAGUACAGUGGUGCCUGGUGGUACAAGACUGGUCACCACAGCAACUUGGCGGGCAAAUAUAAUGUCAACACCGGAUUCAAAGGCGUCUAUUGGGGACUUUUUCAUAAUCGGGAGUACUCCCUAAAGAAAGCCGUUAUGAUGAUACGGCCAAGAACUCGAAUAUAUUCCUGAUAAAAAACAUAAUUGAUUGCAUAUUGAAAAUGUUAUACUUGUUGUUAUUUAUCUGAUGAGUAAAGAUUAUUGAAUAUACUUAAUAAAAUACAGAUUGAUGAUUCUGCCAAAA